AAGCAGCGGCCUCGGCGACCUGGCCUUCCGGGGACCGGGGGCGGGUGUGCGCCUGCGCACCAGCGCCGUGGCGCCUGCCCGGGCCCGGGACCCCUGCUCCGGCGGCGCGCGCCAUGCUCCGGACGCCCAAGCGCGUGCGGCUGCGCGCCCUGCACGGCGCGGGCAAGUUCGGGGUGGCGGGCAGGAGCCUCGCGGAGCUGCUGCGCAAGGGCUGCCUGCGCUUCCAGCUGCCGGAGGCCGGCGCCCGGCUGUGCCGGUACGAGGACGGCACCGAGGUGACCGCCGGCUACCUGCCCGGCCUCCCGGACGACGCGGAGCUCGUGCUGCUCGCCGAGGGCCAGAGCUGGCGGGGCUACGUGAGCGACAUCAGCCGCUUCCUCAACGCCUUCCACGAGCCGCACGCGGAGCUCAUCCGGGCCGCGCGGCAGCUGCUGGCCGACGAGCAGGCCCCGCUGAGGCGGAAGCUCCUGGCCGACCUGCUGCACAGCGCCAGCCAGAACAUCGCGGCCGAGGCCCGGGCCGAGGACCCGCCCUGGUUUGAAG